AUGGAGAAUAGGGAUGUAAUGCAGAGAGUAAACGAUCUCAAACAAGUGGUCGAAAGUACGGGUGUCUCUGAAAGUACAGCGUUAUUACAUCGACAAAUACGAGAACAGAAAAAUUACAUUGCAACACUUCGUGCUGCUAUAUCUGGUUUGAUAAUGGAGAGUGAUAUUGAUUGGGUAAAGGAUCCAAAAGCAUUCUCUAUAAUGACAAAAGCAGGAGAGGAUCUUUAA